CUGUUUAUUUUGAAAGCUCCUCCUCCGGUGGCGGCGGUUGUUGUCGCUGCUGUUGUUGUUGUAGUUGUGGGCCGGACCCGACCCGACCCGACCCGACCCUCUCGGCGGCUGAGCUGCAGAAGCACUGUCUCCUCUACAGGUGUGUGAGUGCAUCCAUUUCUAAACUCUGGGUCCUUGGUGUUUAAUACAUUUCUCACAGCACUUUCUCUCUGCAUAAGCCAUGCCCCCAAUAACUAAAGACUAAGAGCAGUUGUUCUCAUCACUGCUGUUGUGAAUUCAAAAGGAGCAGUGGGAAUGGCCGGACACUUCCGCAGCUAUGUGUGGGAUCCCAUUCUCAUUGUGUCUCAGAUCAUCCUGAUGCAGUGCAUCUACUACAGCUUCUUGGGCAUCUGGUUAGCCUUGGUGGACAGCCUGGUACAGAAUAGUCGCUCGCUCGAUCAAAUCUUUAACUAUGAGGUGUUGGGAUUUUCCACGGGGCAGGGCAGACUCUCGAUGAUGGCCUUUGUCCUCAAUUCGCUCACAUGCGCACUUGGCUUAUGGUAUUUUAUCCGAAGAGGAAAGCAGUGUUUGGAUUUUACCGUGACCGUCCAUAUCUUCCACUUUAUGGGUUGUUGGAUCUACAAUUUGCACUUUCCCACAGCGCUAAGCUGGUGGCUGGUGAACAUUGUGUGCAUUGCCCUGAUGGCCGUGAUCGGGGAGUACCUGUGCAUGCGGACAGAGCUGAGAGCCAUUCCUGUGAACACUGGCCCCAAGUCCAACCUGUGAGCACAACAUCUCGCAUUGUCCAGUAUCGACAGCAACUGCUGCAGCAACCAGUGUUAAAAUGGAUUGUUACAACCUUUCAAUGUUCUAAGACUGCGUGCACAGAAUACAGAUAUUUAAUUUCUUUUGCCCACCAUAUAUGCCCCUGUUGCAAAAAGAAAAGUGAAAAUGCAAAGAUAUGAAAACCUUUCUACACCUGUAACUCUUCUGUGUUUCAGUGGACGGAGUUGGUGGUUAGUCUCAGUUCACAAGCAAGGGACGUGUAUAGGUGUCUACACCAAUCUAGAUGCAAAUUCAAUGGGAUUUCACCUCCAGUCUUAUUUACUGCUUUUUGCAUCUCGAGUGAAGAGUGAUGAAACCUCGCAUACAAGACUGUUCCCAAAUUCUUCACUGAUUGUGUUUGUUUUCUAAUCUCAAUGCCCUUUUCCAUUUGAUGUUAAAAGUGUAUACAGACCGAGUGUGUGCAAACUAGAAACCUGUCAAAUAAUCCAUUUGUUAUUUGGAAAAGGAAUGCUGUGUCUCAUCAAAUGAAUCCUGUCCUGGAUCUAUUGUAACACUGGAUGUGUCUGGCAUUGCAUAGAUAAGCAAAUAUUAAGCACCUCUCAUUUUGAUAUGGACAUGUAUCUCCGAAUUGGUGUAAAAUACUUUUAACUAAAUGGUAAAAGCACUUUGAAACUAAAGGCUGGUCCUGGAUAUGAGGACUGAAAGCUAUGUACAGUCCAGACUCUAGUGCCAUGUUUAACUGGCAUGGUAUACAGCUUGAUCUCUAUUUUGUUUAAAAGACAAUAAGGAAUAAAUCUAUUGCAGUGCUUAAAUAUAAACAUUUUAUUUAUUGAUUCAAAUUUCUUACAAUUGUAGUCUUGCACGUUUGGCAUCCCAGUCUUCUUCAUGGAUCUUGCAUCUGUUGCGUGAAAUAAGGAGAUGCUCGCUGAUAUGUUAAUAUUUCUCAAGACUCUCCACAUAAUGAGUCAUCUGCCGCCCAUCCAUUUCCACCUCCCUCAGCCUGAAUCUGUUUGUUAUGGUGACGGCAACACUGGUAUGUCGGGUUCACAACACAAGGAUAAACAGUGUUCAAGAGCUGUUCAAGUUGGGUCUUGCAUCUGAUCAGUGAUGCAUUUGCUGAAUUAAUCCCAGGCAGUUAAACAUGAAUAAUAGUUCCUAAAUUCAAAAUAUUUGAUGCAGUUUGAAUACUUUGGCUUUGUGCUGUACAAUUGUGGUCUUGCAAGUUUGGCAUCCAUCAGUCUUCAUGGUUCUUGCAUCUGUUGUGUUAAAUAAAGAGAUGCUCACUGAUACAUGACUGCUUCUCAAGGAUCUCCACAUAAUGAGUUACACCUUGAGGUUAGUCAUUUUGAUGUUGCUGAAAUUAAUGUGAACAUCCUAAUCUCUUUGACAGUAAUACAGCAUGGAAACAGGCCCUUUGGCUCAACUCCUCCAUGCCAGAUAAGAUGCCAUCUCCCACCAAAGCUCCUUCCACUUGCCCGCAAAUACAUUUGGACUAAUUUUAUAUCUCUCCCCUUUCUUAAUCUGUCUCCAUCACCGAGGACAGACCAUCGAGUGAUGUCUACUUUAAAUCCACUAACCGCAUAGUCGCCUUGACCUCGCCUCCGUGCCUCUUGCAAGGGCUCCAACCCUAACUCUCAAUUUCUCCAUUUCCCCCACAUCUACUCCCAACAUAAGGCUUUCCACUCUUAGACAUCUGAAAUAUCCUCUUGUGUAAACAUGGUUUCCCCCCUGCUGUUGAGGGUGGAGCCCUCAUCCAGUCCCACAGUCCUGCUCUAACUCGCUCUCCCUCCCUCGAGAUUGAAUAAGAAUAACAUUCUCUUAAUCCUCAGCUUUCACCCCACCAGCCUCUGCACCCAACACAUCAUGUGUAUCCUAUCUCUCAGAAUCUCCUCCAGUAGAUGUUACACUUACUGGUCUAUAGUUCACAGGCAUCUCUUUGCAGCCCUUUACAAAAGGCACAGUGACUGCCUGUCUUGUGGCACCUCGGCCUGGACUAUCCAUGAUGCAUGUAUCUACCACUACACCCGCCAUUUAAUUUCUAAAAUAUUAUGCAUUUGAACUGAAUUAUGUGAUCAUGUACAUAGUAAGGUGAAACCAAAAUUAGAAGGCCCAGUAAUAUCAACAAUAAAAUAAAGAAUUUUAAAGAUGGAAUGGGAAAAGAACAUUCAACUGCACAAGCCCUUUCUAUCCAUCCUUCAGAUUGUGGCUAAUGUGUGUCUCCAAUACCAAUAGCUCCUAAAUUUCAAUGACCCCAGCAUAACUGAUAUUUCAAAGUGAUCCAGGUUCCUCCAAAUUGGGUUUUCUAAUCUAACCUAAACAAUUUAAUCUCUAAUCUUAAAAAAAAAAAAAUUCUAGAUUUAUCUCCUGACAGUCUUAAAUUUAAUUUUGAUUGAGCCCCAAGUUUUAGUUUUUCCCACCAGAGGAAAGUUUAAGAUUAUAUAAAUAUAUUUUUGUUCUCUUAUUAUGGACACCUCUAUGACCCGAUACCAUUCUGGUCAAUGUGCUUGGCAUCCAUUUCAAAAUCUGUGCACCUUUACAAUGGUUCCAUGUCUAAGGUGAACAAUGUAUUUAUGAUUUGAUCAAGGACAACAGUAAAUGAUUUUUGUUUAAAAACACAAAUGCUGAAAAUCUGAAAUCACAACGGUAAAUGCUGAAAACUCAGUAGGCCGGGCAGCAUCUGUGGAAAGACAGAGUUAACACAUCUGGUCUGGAGCUGUUCAUCAGAGCUGGAGAAAGGGAGUCAAAUGAAUUUGGGUAACAUAGAAUGUGGAGCAGGGAGAAGGUUGUGAAAGAGCUAAUAGUCAAAUCUAAAAUUGAGUAAUUCUUCUACAAACGCAGGAUCUAGUAGAACAAAAGAAUGGCUCAGUGCCAAGUCUGAAUGACUUUGUAAAUUAUAUGGAACAUAAUAUGGAGGACAGGUUGUCUUUUUAAUAAAGAAAUUAAGAUGGAAUCUUGCAGUAAUAACAUGUGCUUCUUUUCAAGGCCAUAAAGAAGCCAAGAUUGGAAGAAAAAAAAUCCUAAAGCUCCAGAGAUAAGUAAUAACUUGUUAUUGGAUGAGCUUGAUUUGGAUCCAGCUUUUCUUAUAUUCUGAAAGGCUACAGAAUCUUUCAGUCAUGCCACAUUCAGACUUGGUAGGAGUGUUUUACUGAUACGAAAAAUGUAUAAUUGUGCUAACUUUCCUUUGUUCUGUGAAUGGAGCCCGAGAAGCACUGAGCAACGUUUGUGCUCAUUGUAGAUCUUUGACACUCUCGUCUGACGAAUCAAUUAAAGAUUGCCAUGGUUUACCUU